CACUACUUCCUAAGAUUGGACAAAAAUGAACAUAGUGGAAGCUGAGAUUCCAUCAUCCUUCAAUAUCAACAUUAGUUUAAACGCUCAGACAUGCCGUGUUUGUCUGCAAUCUCACGAGACCACUUUGUGCCUUCGCGAUGAAAUCGAGUACAAUGAUUUGAAUGUGGAAUUGUGGCAAUUGCUAGAAAACGUUUCUAAUGUGAAGUGCAUAUGGAAUGAACCAAAUCUGCCCACUCAACUGUGUCAAAGUUGCACACGUCGUCUGAUAAGCGCCUAUGAAUUUAUUCGCGAAGUGGAAAGAUCACAGCAAACCUUACAGGAAAUAUGCAACAGCUUGGAACAAGAUCAGUCCACUAUGGCUGUUAUCUCCGACGUGAACGUGGAUGGAGUAGACGUGCCUGAACACGCAAAUGAUGAAGAGCUGCUGCAUUUGGAUGAAUGUGAAUCGAUUAUUGAAUUGCAUGAAGUGGAAUUGGAACAAUCCGAGGAGGUUUCAAAUAAUGCUACAGAGGAGACUGAGCCCGAUGAUCUCGUCCAGCAUAUUAUACAAAAUGAUUCGAGCGCAGAAAUCAAUUGUAAUGCUGACCCAGAGGAAGAGCGUCCGUCACAACUUGGCAUGCGUUUGACGCAUUCACAAAGCUACACCUAUAAAUGUGCGAGUUGUCCGCGAAUUUUUGCCAAGAACAAGUCGCUAGUUAGGCAUUUUGCUGUGGCACACAGCCAGCCGGCAGAUAUGGCCGCCCAGGAGCUGGCAAAAGAGCACAGCAGCAGCGGAGCACUGAUAUGUGAACACUGUCCCCGAAUCUUUAAACGUCAAGAUACGCUGCGCCGACACAUGACAGCAUUUCAUCCCGACGCCGUAGCCACCAGUCAAAUCUCCGAAGAUGAGUCAAACUCAAUGGCCCCAAAACGCGCAGUAAAGCGACGAGAAUGUCCCCAUUGUGGUAUUAGUUUUCCCGUGUCCAGUUUGACGAUACACAUACGACGGCACACCGGCGAAAAUCCCUACAAAUGUGAUCAGUGUGAGAAGGCAUUUCCCCGCAGUCAGGAUCUAAGUUUGCACAAACGCCAGCACACGGGUGAACGACCAAGUGAAUGCAAGAUAUGCGCCAAGAAGUUCAUUUCGCAGAACAAACUGGCUCGACACAUGCGACUUCAUACUGGGCAGCGUCCUUAUGCCUGCGACAGAUGUGAGAAAAGCUUUGUGCAGUCCAAUGAUCUUAAGAUUCAUAUGCGCCGGCACACGGGAGAGCGGCCAUACAUCUGUGGCGUUUGUGACAAAAGCUUUGUUUGCGGCUCACUUUUGAACAUCCAUCGCAAUCAGAAACACCACUUUGAGGGCGAUGAAAUUGCUAAUACCAAUGCCAAGCCCAAUCCUGAUCCUUACGAGAAUAGUCGCGUGAGCAAGCGACGUGCGGAGGAUAUUGAACGCAUACGAUUGCAGCGAGAGCAGAAAACGACAUUGCCAAUAAUGCUGCGGCCUUACACAUGUGGUGUCUGUGGCGAUAACUUUAAGAGCGGCGCCCUGCUCACAAUUCAUCGCAAUAAAAUGGCUCACUACGAGCGAGCUAAGGUCAACUAUGGGGAUCCAUAUGAGCAAAAAUACAAGCAACAGCAGCACUCAAAAUCAGAUAAUAAUAAUGAAGUCUAAGUUGCAAUUUGAAUUGUUUGAAAACAUAAAU